GGCGCAGAUCAAUGUGCUUGAGGCCGGCGAGUUGCCUGCGGGUCUUUUCACGGCGUUGACCGCGGUAGAUGGGUGGCGAUCCGCCCCCUUUUCUUUUAAACGCCUUUUUUGAAAGUUUUCUUUCUAUUUGCCUUUUGGAACUGUGUCUGCUGCUCUUCGAGAACCGGUUGUUUUAUUAAUCGCAAGAGUGCGACACGCUGCUGGUGCCCACUGCCCUGAUUUCUGCCUACAAUUGAUGGCAAGAAUCACUGCAACUAAAGAUGAAGCAUGCAAUGGUACCAGCCGGCAGGAGGAUGCGGCUGGAGAUAUUCUGAAUGAAAAGGGCACCACAAAUCCCAGCAAUGGGCUUGACCCGGCUACAAUGAAGGCGGACGGCCCGGAGAAGGAGCAGGUAAACGGCGCGGAGAAGGAGAGGGACGGGAUGGAAAGGGAGAGGGACGGAGCGGAAAAGGAGAGGGACGGAGUGGAAAAGGCCGAGCUCGAGGACACCAAGGAGAGCGAGAAGCAGGGAGGAGACGCGGAGAAGGACACGGACAAGGACGGCAAGAAGGACGACAAAGACCAGGAGGUGGUCUUCAUUCAGGAUGUCGGCUUCACAGUCAAGAUGUACGCUCCGGGCCUGGAGCCGUUCGACAUCCAGGUUUCGAGUAUGGAGCUGGUCCAGGAGAUCCACCAGCUGCUCAUGGACCGCGAGGACACCUGCCACCGCACCUGCUUCUCCCUCCAGCUCGACGGCAACACGCUCGACAACUUCGCCGAGCUGAAGACCAUCGAGGGUCUCAAGGAUGGCUCUAUCAUCAGGGUGGUGGAGGAGCCGUACACGGUGCGCGAGGCGCGAAUCCACGUGCGCCACGUACGUGACCUGCUCAAGUCGAUGGACCCGGCAGACGCGUUCAAUGGAGUGGACUGCGCCUCACUGGCCUUCCUUAACACGGUCACCAACGGAGAUAUCCUGGCAGAGAAGAAGAAGGCCCGCCCGGAAUCGGUGGACUGCACGCCACCCGACUACAUCAUGCCCGGCUGCCGGGAGCGGCCGCUGCUGCCCCUCCAGCCGCACGUCAAGGAGCAGACCGGACCGCAGUGCCUCAAGGUGCUGACGACGUCCGGCUGGAACCCUCCGCCGGGCCCGCGGCGCAUGCGCGGUGACCUGCUGUACCUGUACGCGGUGACGAUGGAGGACAAGCGGUACCACAUCACCGCCUCCACCCGCGGCUUCUUCGUCAACCAGUCGACGGACGAGGAGUUCAGUCCGAAGCCGGCCUCGCCCAACUACCUCUGUCACUCGCUGAUCGACCUGAUCGGUCAGAUAUCGCCCGUGUUCAAACGCAACGUAUCGCAGCUGCAGAAGCGGCGCACGGCGCGCCACCCGUUCGAGCGCGUGGCCACGCCGUACCAGGUGUACACGUGGGCGGCGCCACCGCUGGAACACACCCUGGACGCCAUCCGCGCCGAGGACGCGUUCUCUUCCAAGCUCGGCUAUGAGGAGCACAUCCCCGGUCAGACUCGCGACUGGAACGAGGAGCUACAGACGACGCGCGAGCUGCCCCGCAAGAACCUGCCCGAACGCCUGCUGCGAGAGCGGGCCAUCUUCAAAGUGCACAGCGACUUUGUGUCGGCGGCCACCCGCGGCGCGGUGGCUGUCAUCGACGGCAACGUGAUGGCCAUCAACCCGGGCGAGGACGCCAAGAUGCAGAUGUUCAUCUGGAACAACAUCUUCUUCUCGCUGGGCUUCGACGUGCGCGACCACUACAAGGAGCUGGGCGGCGACGCGGCCGCUUUCGUGGCGCCGCGUAACGACCUACAGGGUGUCAAGGUGUACAGCGCCGUGGACACGGAGCACCUGUACACGCUCGGCACUGUGGUGGUCGACUACCGCGGCUACCGCGUCACUGCCCAGUCCAUCAUCCCGGGUAUACUGGAGAGGGAGCAGGAGCAGAGCGUUGUCUACGGCAGCAUCGACUUCGGCUCGACCGUGGUCAGCAACAGCAAGUACCUCGAGCUGCUGAGUAAGCCGGGCCAGCAGCUGAAGAUCGCCACCCACAAGGUGGUCAACGACAAGGGCGAGGAGGUGGAGCUCUGCUCGUCGGUCGAGUGCAAGGGCAUCAUCGGCAACGAUGGACGCCACUACAUCCUGGACCUGCUGCGCACCUUCCCUCCGGACGUCAACUUCCUGCCGCCGGAGACCACCGGCCUCGAGCUGAGCAAGGAGGCCCGCGCACUCGGCUUUCCCGUCCGACACAAACACAAACUGGCCUGCCUGCGACAGGAGCUCAUCGACGCGUUCGUCGAGAGUCGCUACAUGGCCUUCAUCAAGUUCGCCGCCAGUCAGCUGCAGCAGAUAGGCGAGAAGAAGAAGGCUCAGGAGGCGGCCUCCAAGCCGGCGAUUGGCGAGGCUGCCUCUGCCGAUCCCGCCGCCUCUGCCCCCGACCCUGACACCGCCGCCGCCUCCGCUGAUACCCCUGCCGACGCGGGCGCCACGGACGCCAACAAGCUGCAGACGGACGAGGCCAAGCGUAUCGUGGAGGACAUCACCGACUCUAUCACCGGCGAGAAGAAAGAGAUGGAGGAGAGCUCUGUGGACAUCGUGCGCCGCGCGGCCGCCGCCGUCGGCUCACUGAAGCCGGCAGAGUUCGAGCUGCGCUUCAACCCUGACGCGUUCUCGCCGGGCGUGCGCCACCCGGAGUCGGCGGCAGACGCCCUGCGCGCGCAGCGGGCGCUGGUGCGUGACGCGGCCGACUUCCUACUGACUGUGCAGAUCCCCGGCUUCGUGCGCGACUGCCUGGACCACUCCUCGGCGCCGCUGGACGGCUCCACCCUGGUCGAGGCGCUGCACACGCGCGGCAUCAGCGUGCGCUACCUGGGCACGGUGACCGACAUGCUGGCCAAGGUGCCGAAACUCUCCUACCUGCACCGGAUCGCCGUCGGCGAGCUGCUGACCAGGAGCGUCAAACACCUGUUCACCACCUACAUGCAGGGCGUGGACAUGAUGUGCCUGUCGGCAUCCGUCAGCCACUUCCUCAACGCCUACCUGUCGUCGUGUCAGCAGGCGCACCCGCCGCUGCCGGCCGACGAGCUCAACCCCAAAAACUCCAAACGCAAGAACAAGCGGCGCGCGCGCCGGCCGCUGACGGCUCCGGAGAGCACCGACUGGGCGCUGCUGACGCCGCGCGGCCUCUGGGCCCAGAUCCGUGACGAGCUGCUCAACUACUUCAACUGGCAGCUCGGAGCCGACAGCGUCGACGCCACCGUUGCCAAGUACAAACUGCAGAAAGUGUCUCUGUUCAGGUCGUUCUGCGUGGCCACGGGCGUGCAGCUGCUGCUGCGCGACUACAAUAUGGACGCGCGCAGCCGGCCCUGCUUCUCCGAGGAAGAUGUGCUCAACAUUUUCCCCGUCACCAAGCACAUCAACCCACGCGCCUCGGACGCCUACACGUUCUACACCACCGGCCAGACCAAGAUCCAGCAGGGCUACCUCAAGGAGGGCCACGAGCUCAUCACGGAGGCGCUCAACCUGCUCAACAGCGUCUACGGCGCCAUGCACCCAGAGAUCGCCCAGUGCCUACGGAUGCUGGCGCGACUCAACUACAUCAUGGGCGACCACCAGGAGGCGCUGCAGUACCAGCAGAAGGCCGUGCUGAUGAGCGAGCGCGUCAACGGCAUCGACCACCCCUACACCAUCGCCGAAUACACGCACCUGGCGCUGUACUGCUUCGCCAACGGCCAGGUGACGACGUCACUGAAGCUGCUGUACCGGGCGCGCUACCUGAUGCUACUCGUCUGCGGCGAGGACCACCCCGAGAUGGCACUGCUGGACAGUAACAUCGGUCUGAUCCUGCACGCGGUGGGCGAGUACAGCCUCUCCCUGCAGUUUAUGGAGCACGCGCUCCGGCUGAACCGCGAGUACCACGGCGAGCGCAGCCUCAAACUGGCAGUGGCCCACCACCUGGUGGCCAGGACCCAGAGCUGUCUGGGAGACUUCCGCGCCGCGCUGCAGAACGAAAAGGAGACGUUCGCCAUCUACAAACAGCAGCUGGGUGAGGAGCACGAAAAGACCAAGGAGUCGUCCGAGUGUCUGCGCCACCUCACCCAGCAGGCCGUGGUGCUACAGAAGAAGAUGAACCACAUCUACAGCGGCAAGGCGGGCGCCGCCCUGCCGCCCAUCCAGAUCCAGUCGCCCAGCAUGGGCUCCGUGCUGGACAUGCUCAACAUCAUCAACGGCAUCCUCUUCGUCCAGAUCAGUCAGCAGGACAUUGAGAACUUCAAGGCCGAGUUCGAGAAGCGCACUCAGCAGCUUCAGAGCGUCAAGUCCGGGGCGGGUGGUGGUGCGGCCACUGUAACCGCCAUCGAGGCGCCGGCCGCCGCCGCGCCCGCGCCAUCCUCAUCAUCGCCGCCGCUCUCGUCACCCGAGGGCAGCAGAUGAGGCCGGUCCCGGGCCGCGAGCACUCGGCCGACACCAUCCCGACAGUCUAGUUUUGAUAGAUUAUUUUCGCGGCUGCCGUCGCGGUCAGAGUUAUCAUGCCUCAUCGAUUUGGGCGCCGGCGCAGAGCGAUGCGCGGCGUGAGCGGCUGUGGCCCGCCGCGCUGGCGUCCGAGCACGCUGCGCGCGGGGCUGGUGCAAUGUUUUCUAAGUCACCCGGCGUCGGGCCGGCCGGGUGACCGGCGGCAGGGGCGGCGCGGCGGCGGCGCCGAGCCGGCGGCGGAGGCCGUGUAUGGCCGUGUCCGCCGGCCCGCGCGCCCGCUGCCGUGCUGGCCGCGACUGGCCGCUGUCGGCUGCCGCCCGCCGCCGAUGUCAGCAGACCUCGGGACGGCGGUGGGGCGGCGGCGGCGCGGCGCGGUCGUGUGCCGCCGGCCGCGGACCGCCGCCGGCGCUGGCUCUCACAGCCCUGCCGGCGGCGCGCGGACGGCGGCGGCCGGCCGCCGGGGGUCCGGCCGGCCGCGGACUCACGGGCCGGGAGGCUGCCAGUGGCACGGCUCAGGGGGGCCGGGAUGCCCGCAUCAGCUGUGAGAGUGCCAGUGAGAGCGAGUGUGAGAGUGAGCGUGAGAGUCGCAUAGGUCGGACCAUGGUGCUUCCUGAUCCUAAUGGUCGCCCAGCAAUACAAACGAUAAACCGA